CCCAGUCAUCUUGGACUACAGCUCGGAGCCCGGAUGCGCCGCCAUGCCGACUCUAUCAGCGAGUGGAAUGAUUUAUUCACCAACCUGAGCGAAACUAGGCGAGAGGGAGUUCACCGAAGAAGUCGACAGGACAGUUUGGAGGACAGAGGAGGCUUAUCCGCGGACAGACUUCCAGGGGGACAGCCUCGCGGUGUGUACUGGCGUGUUCGCGUCGCCUGCCACGGUUGUGUUGAUGUAGGGACACUUGGAGCUAGCUGCUAACGUUAGCCUGAGAGAGUGCGCGGCAGUGACAGUCCGGCCGGAGGCGGGGAGUACGGUGAGAUCCAGCAAAAAUUCCAUGUGUGCAUCAGCCCUGAAAACCAAAAGAGAUGUCUGUUGAUGAGGAUACUGUAAAAACGGGCAGUCCACAGGCCAGCUCUACUUCAUCUGUGCAGCUCUCAGAAUGUAGUGGAGGUUACAGCAACAUAUCUGUGAUGGUGGAGGGUACCGCAGCCACUCCUGAUUUUGCAGCUGCUUGUCCAGUCUCAGACACUGAAGCCUCAACAAAACACACCAGCGUGACUGAAGCGCUCUCCCACUCUGACGAUGCUGGACAGGGAGCGAGAGGAAAUGAGAAUAACCUAAAUCGCAGGAACAGCUUUCAUCAUUCCAAACAAACGCAACAAACAAAACUAACAAAGCGCCGCAACACAGCGACCUCUAGUUUCAAGCAUCCAACAUCUGGCAAGAGGAGACGGAGGGCCAACUCUGAGAGUGACUCCGUCCUGCCUACCAACUUCCUCCUGGGUGGAAACAUUUUCGACCCACUGAAUCUGAACAGCCUGCUUGAUGAGGAGGUCAACAAGGCCCUCAAUGCAGAGACACCCAAAUCUUCCCCGCUGCCUCCUAAGAGUAGAGAUCCCGUGGAGAUCCUUAUCCCCAGAGACAUCACAGAUCCUCUGAACCUGAACAGCGGGAUAGCAGACAGCAGCUUUUUGGUGUCCUCCUUCAGGGGUGGUGGCAGGAAGAGACACCGCAACAGACACCAUGGAGGAGGAGGAGUUGGAGGUGUUGGAGCUGCUAGUGGGGUUUCCACCACACAGAUCAACCCCUCGGAAUCAGGAAAAAGUGAGGUUAAAACGGCCACCUCAGCCCCCCUUCCAGGUAUGUUAGCCUCGGGUUCUGCACAUGAUGUCUCCAAAGAGUCCAACAGUUUCUCCAGUGUCCCCGAGGAUUCACAUGAGCAGUCAGCUGACAACUCCGCCAGCUGCAAGGAAGAGGUGACAUCUGUAUCUUUAGAGGAUUGCACAUCCGUCGUAUCAGGGGCACCACACCAGCAGACAAGCAGGCGCAAACGUAGGCGCAACUCUGGCAAAAUUGAGCCCCCUGUGACUCAUUCUACCCCCCUUGGAAAGUCAGGAUCUGGAGACAGGAGUUGUGGUAGCUUCCAUACACCAAGAAGUGGGGCAAAAACGGGGCCAGGAGGUCGCCAGCACCAUCAGCCUCACAACCAGGCGAAGGAGCAACAAAGGAAGAAGUUCCAGUAUGGGAACUACAACAAGUAUUAUGGCUACCGCAACCCAGGUGCUAGUGAAGACACGCGGAUACGGGUGCUUCGUCCAGAGUGGUUUGAAGGUAAAGAGGUUCUGGAUUUGGGUUGCAACUCAGGCCAUCUAACACUCUAUGUUGCCAAAAUGCUAAGACCUGCCCGAAUAUUGGGUGUGGACAUUGACAGUGGACUGGUACAUGCAGCCCGUAAGAACAUCAGACAUUAUCUGUCUGAAGUGCAGACCCAAGAGGCCAGGCAUGCAAUGCAGGAGAAAAAGAGCACUAAGCAGGAGGAGAGGAAUGGGAAAGAGAUUCUCACAGGCUCGGAGAAGAAGCACAAUAAAGCCGGCAGGGAGGAAAACGGGAAGCCAGUGAAAGGACAAAGUGGCCCUGCAGAGGCUGCAAAUGACAAUGACUCCUGUCGCACAGAUGAGCCAGGGACCCAGAGGCAGGAAGGCAAAACAGAGGAAAUGGACCAGGAAGAUUGUGAUCCACCCCCCGCUGAUUCCUCAGUGAGUUGCUCUUUUCCUGUGUCCCUGCGGAUCACCAGGGGGCCCAUUGCUGCACCUCCUCUGACCGAAUCAUCCACCACCCGGCCCGGAGAGUUCCCCUCAAAUGUGUCCUUUGUCAAGGCCAAUUACGUACUGGAGAACGACAAUCUUCUCUUGACUCAGCGGCCAGAGUACGACGUGGUCAUGUGCCUGAGCGUUACCAAAUGGGUUCACCUGAACUGGGGGGACGAGGGACUCAAGCGGUUCUUCAAGAGAGUGUACAGACACCUCCGUCCGGGAGGCAAGUUCAUCCUGGAGCCACAGCCCUGGGAGUCCUACGUGAGGAGGAAGAAGCUGACGGAUAGCAUCAACAAGAAUUUUCUGAACAUCCGCCUGAGACCUGACCAGUUCUCAUCAUACCUUACAUCAGAGGUGGGCUUCACCAGAUCUGAGUUCCUUGGGGCCCCCAAGUGUUCAAUAAGAGGUUUUCAGAGGCCGAUCUUCUUGUUUCACAAAUGACCGCUCCUGCCUUGAAUAUCAUUGAAUGUGAGCAGCCUAAGCCACCACCAAUGCAUACCAGCCAGUCAGCCAGCUUCCCUGGACUGCAAGGAAUCGUCUGAAUCCUUUACAGACACUCCUGCUUUUUACGUGAUGAAGAUGAAAUUUGAGAAAGGACCAAGACUCAAAGUAACAUUCUUAAGGAGCCGUCGAGGCAAGGCACCCAAUCUGAACAGAAUACUCCAGGACAACAAAAGUGAACUUAACUACCUGGAGACAAACAUCAUCAAUUGUCCAGACUGUGGGAGAGGUGCUCUGAGUGCUAUCAUGCUCCAGUUUGAUGCACGGCUAUAAUGUGUUUGAAAGUCUUUGGCCUUUUUUAAAAUCUUUUUUUUCAUCAUCUGUGCCACCACCUCAUCAUACAUUAUACAAAUUAGGGUUGGGCGAUAGAGUAGACAUUUCCAGUUGGCCACCGUUACAAAUUUAACUGCCAUUUGAUGCUGUAUUCAACAUAUUUGCUCCAUGUGAACAAAUGUGGUACAACAGCAGCACACCACUGGAUUCAGAAGCCAUUACACUGACAUGGUGUUUCCUUAUAAAGCCACGCUUGAGUGCAGGUAAUGUGUUUAUGCCGUGCAGACUAUCAGUGAAGGAAGCACCAUAUUGCUGGCUCUUCUGCAGCGACUGAUGCCAUAGAAAUGUGCUUUUUAGUACAUCAUGUUUACAUCAUUGAAUCCUCUUUGGGCGGACAUGCAAAGAUUUUUGGUGCAUUAAAAACAGCCUGAUAAAUUCCCUCAGCGCUAGAUUCAGUCUAAAGUUGAUGUACUGUAUUUGUCUCAUCUUCCAACCCUAAUAUCAAGCUUUUGCCGUUUUUUGCAAAUUAGGUCUUAGAGCUGAAUACAUUCAUUUUGUAACAGAGCUGUGAAAAGUCCACAUUUUGAAAAGGACUAUAUGAAAAGCUCCUAAGUUGCACAAACCUAAGGCACUAUGAUGCGAGAAGUGGCUCGUCUUGGUGAUAAAGACAACAAUGCACAAUGAGAGAGGUGCGUUUGAAACAGCCAAAACAUCCAGUAAGAUAGUGAGUGCUUACCCAGUUCCAAAAUAUUUUCUUUAGGGACAGUCGUUUCUUUUAAAAAUGUCAUGAUUUAUUACCGUCAUCGAUUAGGUUCUGUCGUUAUAACAUGGAGACAGUUCAGUUUCAGUAGGUCUGCUCACACUGAAGAGUUUUGGCUGUUUUGAAUGUAAACUUUCUCCACACUGUCAGGCCUGUGUCAUGUAGACCUGAGAGUUUGCACCCUUUACGAAGCAGCAUUUGGUCAUGCUCCAUCCUAAUGGCAGGGGGCACAUUUGAGCUGUAAUGACACCCAGGUGCUGGCUUCGCUCAAGAUAAUUCAGCAGAGACCACAAGGUCUGUUUUCAUUGAUCUGUAGCAUGCAGUGCUCUAUUUUUGUUUAUUGACCGUUAAGCCAUAAGCCCUACCUUUUCUCCGUGUUGUUUACCACGUCUAUACUGACCGAGUGCUUAACCAAGUGUAAAAUAUAAGGCAGAGGGUCUUCUACAGCGUCUUCAACACUGUAGAAAUCCAAUAGACGCAUUGUUUCAUCAUCACUAAUGGACAGGCGUUAAUUCAGACAGCAUCAGAAUCAAUUUCCAGCUCUACAGUUAUCUUCUUGGAACAAAAAUUGACAUUUGUAGAACAAUUAUUACUUCAAAGAAUCAAAUAUAAUCCACAGGAACUUUUUUUUACCAAAUUGAGAUAUUAAUAUGCUGUUUGUAUUGAAGCACUGCCAAUAUAUUUUAUGGGUCUUUCGCUCUUGAAUUUUACAAAAUAUGCCAUCACUGUCUCGGGCUUUGGCCUAAUGAGGAGACUUAUUAGUUUCAAGUAGCCGGUCUUUGUGAUUGUAUCUCUACUGGUGUGCACUGAACACCGCUCAUCUACAACCCUUGAUUCACAGUGGCUGAAAAAAAUCUUCCUCUUUUUUAAAUUUUUUUUUUUUUUAACUGGAUUAAUUUCCAAUUUAUUAGGAGAUGAUUGAGAAGAUGGAUGAUGUGUUUCUAUUUUAGUAAGUGAUCAAUAUAAAUAUGUUUGCAAAUUUUGUUUUAUUGUCAAUAUUAAGUUCAUAUCUGCUUUUGUCAAUUUCCAGUGGAUUUGUUUUUCUUGUGUUUUCAAAUAUUUGCUGGCAAUUUUUUGUGAUUGAGUCAGAGUUUUUGUCCUGAAACAGACGGCUAAUCCAGCUCUGUAACAUCAUAAUGAAUAUGUACAUUGCUAAGUUCUGAUGUGUUCGCUUUGUUCUGUCCUGGCAGGCACAUGGAUUGUUAGAUUGGCUCUUUAUUUUUUUAUAAACGGUUUGAAAGCA